AUGGCACUGGAGGUUUAUUGGUAUGACUUCGUGUGCUUUGGCAUUGUUGGUGUUGCCUUCUUUGGUGCUUUAUGGGUCAUUUGGAGGAGGGAAGGCGCUUCUGCAAGAUUCGAAGAUACAACCUUGUAUGAGAGCCUUCUGGUCACUAGACCCGACAGUGAGGUGUUUGUGAGUGCACUGCCGAGGGGUCAUGUUAGCACUUCUCAGCUAUGGACUAGUUGCUGGAAAGGGCUCCACCCAGGUUGGCUCUUGGCCAUUCGAUUUCUCUCCUUUCUGGCCCUUGCUGGGUUCUUGACUUGGGAUAUUGUCGAUUGGGAUGCUUCCAUUUUUAUUUACUACACCGAGUGGACUUUUACGUUGGUUAUGGUCUAUUUUGCGCUGGGAACUAUAGUGUCUGCGUAUGGUUGGUGGUUGUCCACAAACAAACCCCCCUCUGAAAAUGGGACAAGGGCUGAAUCUGUGAUAAGGGAUGUGGAAGAUGAUAAUGGAAUCAUUAAUACUUAUAGGCAAAAAGGAAUUAACGGUACCAUCAAAUUGCAAAGCCACUAUGCUCAAGAGGAGAUUCAACAUAGAGCAGGAUUUUGGGGAUAUCUUAUGCAGAUUGCAUUCCAGACUUGUGCAGGAGCUGUUGUCCUCACAGACAUUGUCUUUUGGUGUGUCAUCGUCCCAUUUUUAUCAAACGCUCACCUGGGCCUAAAUACGUUGAUGUGCUGCAUGCAUACUUUGAAUGCGGCUUUUCUUCUUCUGGAUACCUCUCUUAACAGCCUUCCAUUUCCUUGGUUCCGGCUUUCGUACUUUGUCCUUUGGAGCUGCAUCUAUGUCAUCUUCCAAUGGGUCAUUCAUGCACUUGGUUUCCCAUGGUGGCCAUAUCCUUUCCUCGAGCUUAAUACACCAUGGGCCCCAUUAUGGUAUUUUUGUAUGGCUGUGGUUCACAUCCCUUGUUAUGGGAUUUUUGCUCUAAUUAUAAAAGCAAAGUAUUCACUUCUCCCCAAAUGGUUCCCCCACGCUUUUGUGAGGCCAAUCUAG